ACUGGAUGUCAAAUAGUUAAUGUCAGCUGUCAAAAUAGUUGAGUGGCUAAUGGUUCUCCACUUUUUAGUAUUUCUUGUUUAUUUGUAAAAAAAAAGAUAAAAUGCAGAUUUCUAAAUACACUAGUAUAUUAAAUUGUGUUUGAUAAUGAUAGAAGUGGCAUGUAGCACACAUGAAAAGGACUACACUUAAAAUAUGAGUUGAAUUGUUUCCUAGUUUCCUUUGUAUUUAGUUUAUAGUUUAAACAAAAGUUAUAGAUAUGGCUAGAGAAGAGAUAACAAGAAAAUGGGAAAUAUUUCAAGGUAGAAAUAGAUUUUAUUGCAAUGGGAGACUAAUGACUGCACCACAUUCUGGAGUAUUUUUAUUGACCCUCUGUUUAAUAACAUUUACCAGCAUGUUGUUUUUCAUUUUUGACUGUAAAUAUUUAGCAGAGAAUGUAACAAUAGCUAUUCCUAUUAUUGGAGUGUUGCUAUUUUUAUUUACCAUGUCUUCCUUACUACGUACAAGUCUUUCUGACCCUGGUAUCAUACCCAGGGCAUCGUCAGAAGAGGCAGCGUAUGUUGAAAAACAAAUUGAAGUAACAAAUUCGGCCAAUAGUCCUACCUAUAGACCACCUCCUAGGACAAAAGAAGUACUAAUAAAAGGACAAACCAUUAAAUUGAAAUAUUGUUUUACCUGUAAAAUAUUCAGGCCGCCUAGAGCAUCACACUGUAGUUUAUGUGAUAAUUGUGUAGAUAGAUUUGAUCAUCACUGUCCUUGGGUGGGGAAUUGUGUCGGUAGAAGAAAUUAUAGAUUUUUUUAUAUGUUUAUUGUUUCUCUGGCAUUUUUAGCAGUAUUUAUAUUCGCAUGUGCAGUUGCACAUCUUAUUUUAAUGACCAAGGACGAUCGUGAAUUUUUGGAUGCUGUAAAAGAAUCCCCGCCCAGUGUUAUAGUAGCAGUGGUGUGUUUUUUUAGCGUUUGGAGCAUUUUAGGUCUUGCUGGAUUUCAUACUUACCUUACAACCAGUAACCAAACCACAAACGAAGAUAUCAAAGGUUCUUUUACAAGUAAAAGAGGACAAGAAAACUUCAAUCCUUAUUCAGAGGGCAAUGUUUGCUUAAAUUGUUUCCACAUAUUGUGUGGUCCAUUAACCCCUUCUUUGAUUGACAGAAGAGGAGUCGUAACAGAGAGUUAUCGUUAUGAAAAUAGUAGAACCUUAACGAAUGCACCAACGUUACCAUUGAAAAAAUAUGGAAUACCCAUUCAGAAUGGUUCUCAGCAAAUGACGCCGGACCUUUCAGAAAUGCCUGGCAUCUAUCGACAAACGACAGAAAACACCGAAAGUAACACUGGUAGCAUAACCCACUUAGUAUCCAGCGAACAGCCUCUAGCUGUGGUGCCCGCGACCGUACAUUUACGAUCUCACGAAGAACCCCUUCAACAAUACAAAUCCCAAACCAGUUUAAACCAUUCACCCGUCUACAACAACAUCACACCGAUACACACAUCGUCGCUAUUGAACAAAUCCCAAACUUGUAUCGAUAACAUCAACGCCAAAUCUUCUUCGAAAGAAAAAGACAUCGCACUUACCGUGGAAGAUCUCCAUUUAGAUCCUGUGAUAUUGAGGGAAGGUCACAUGUUGGCCAAUAUCAACGACAAGAGUCGUUUAAACGAUAUGCGACUCGAUAACGACAUGACAGCUCAAGAAAAGGAGAACAGUUUAUUUAGUGUGAGUAGACUGAGGUUGUUACAAGAUACGACUAUGAUUGAAAGUGCUUUAGAUUUAGAUUCAUUGGAUGGAUCUAGUUUGGGUACGAAUAGUCAAGCAGGACUUAUGAAAAUCGAUGUUUAGAGAAUGUACAUUAUCAGUUCACGUUUUAGAGACAACCUUUUUAUAUAUUUGUAUCAUAAAAUGUACGACCAAUAUCUAAGUGGCUGGGUUCUUUAUCGGGAUACAUUUUUAAGUACAAAGACGUUUUAGUAUAUCAGUAAACUGACUUUUAAAAAAUUUGAUUCGGUUAUAUAAUGUUGAAAUUUAGUAGAACAAUUUAAUAAUGAUUUAUUAAUUUUAACACUAAUGACUUUUCAUCGAUAUUCCUGUUUCGCAAUGCUGUAGAUGCACCAUAAUAGUAUUUUUAUAAUAAUUCAUCAUUAAAACAUUUUUGGGAAUAUUUUGAAUGUCUUUGUACUUAACCUUUUUGCCAAUACAGAAUUUCAAUUAUUUACAUCUUGCCACUGUUGAAAAUAUUUAUAUUAAAUCACAGUCAUAAUCCCUUUAUGUAUAUUUACUUUUUUUUAUACAACUGCAAGAUCAUUUUAAGCUCAAACUUUCCAUUGUUGAACACCUACCUCUCUUAAGUUACUCUUCCUCCUGCUUAUGACUGUUAUAGUCGAAUUAGUGAUAUUUUAAAGGCAUUUCGAAUUAUUUUAAAUAAGUUUGCCAUAUAUUCAAAUAAUAAAAAAAAUUGUAUAACUAUAGCAUUUAAAUAAUGAAACUCUAAACUGACCUACUUCAUUUUACAUAUUUAAUUUGUGUAUAGGUUUAAAAUAAUCUCUAUACAUUAAAAAGAUUUUAUAUAACAAAUUAUUACAACCGAUUAGUAGUUUUAUUUAAACGAAAGUAAAUGUAAAAAAAAUGUGAGGGAUGAUGUAUAAAAGGGAAUCUGAUCACAUCAUGAUCACGUUUUUUUAUUAGAGAAAAAAACGAUAAAAUCGAUGUUCACAUCAUCAUCUAUGUACAAAACGAAUUCCAUACAAUUGGAGAACAGCUUAUUUCACCUGAUAUUACGGAGGUUCUGAACCAUGUAUUCUUUCUUUUCAUUCUUUUCAACAUUGUUUUCAUUUUCUUAAGAAUCAAUUUUUUUCCUCAAGUGGAAGAUACAAAUGUGUAGAGAACUACUUUUUGCUACAUAUUCAAUGAAAACAGAGAAGAAGAGAUCUUUGACAAAGCCAUUCAAUUAUUUGUACCAUGAAUGAGUUCAGAACUAACUUAAAUGCAUUUUUCGGGAUAAUAUUUGUUUCACUGGAUAUAGUGAAAUCUUUUAGUUUUCCAGAUAUUUUGAAAUUAAAUAAACCUUAAUAUUACCAACUCCAUGUUUGAUUAGAAAUACUGCAAAACCUUCUUAACUUCACUUUUUUGAAGUAUAGAUGCAUUUUAACCCAAAAUUUCCUGAUGACUUUUUCCAUAAGUCUUCCAGUUUUGUAACUUUUUUCCUUUUUAAUAUUUUCUGUCUGCAUUUUACAUCAUGAACCAUAUUAAACUCUGUUUUAAUUAAUUAAUUUAUAAUCAACAAUUUCAUUUAUGAAACUACUAUUCGGUUUGCAAUUUUGUAUUUAUUUUACCCUAAGUCUAAGUAAAUUGAAGGUUGAUUCUUGAUAAAAUUAUAUCUAUACCUUUGUGUUAAAAAAUAUUGAUUUUUGUAUAUUAAUUUACAAAAUAACCUUAAAUGUUCACUAAUACGGGGUGCGAUAGCAUAAUUUUGUUUUUUAAAAAAAUUUUUUUCUAAUGUAGGUACAUAAAGUUUUUCUUACAUACUUGCCGCAUGUAACUUUAACUCUUUAAUAGAUAAAACUGUUCCGUAGCGACCGAAUUAUGUCUAGACAAAUGAUAAACCGUUACUAGCGCAUGUUAAAAAAGUUAUGAUGCCACACCCUGUAUGUUUAAAUGAGUAUUCUAAUUUGUAUAUAUUUGAAACUGUUACAAACAUGAAUAUAUGUGCUUUGUUUUUCAAUUUGCUGUUAAAUAUUGCUACAAAAUUACUGAAAUAUAUUAUUGAUAUUAAUAAAAUUGUUGUUAAUAAA